AUGAAGUUCACCGAAGCCCCACCCUGUUCCCACCUGUCCAGUUCCACCACCCUCUGUUCCACCCCACCUGUUCCCUGUUCCCACCCCUGUUCCCCAGCCCCAUGUCUCUGUUCCACCACCCCUGUUCUGUCCCUGUUCCCACCCUGUUCCACCCCACCACCCCUGCUGUUCCUGUUCCCCCUCACCCUGUUCCUGUUCCCCACUCACCCCAGUUCACUCCCACCCCAGCUCACCCUCACCCCUGUUCCAUGUUCCCUGUUCCACCUGUCUCAGUUCCCACCACUCUGUUCCCUGUUCCUCAGCUCCCUGCCCACCCCUGUUCUCCAGCCCCACUCCUGUUCCAUGUUCCCCAGCCCCAGCCUCCAGCCUCCCAGCUUCCAGCCCCAGCCCCUCCCUGUCUCCACCAGCCCCACCCCACCCCACCCCAGCCCCACCAGCCUCUGUUCACCUGUUCCCACCCCUGUUCCCACCCCACCACCACUGUCUGUUCCCACUCCUGUUCCCCACCCUGUUGCACCCACCUGUUCCUGUUCUCCACCCCUGUUCCACCACUGUUCUGUUCCACCCCUGUUCCCUGUUCCACCCCACCUGUUCUGUUCCCCAGUUCUGUUCCCCACUCCACCCCUGUUCCCACCUCUGUUCCCAGCCUCCACCAGUCUCCACCCUGUUCCAGUUCCUCCCUGUUCCCCACCUCACCUGUUCACCCCUGUACCACCCCUGUUCCCUGUCUGUUCCUGUUCCACCUGUUCCCAGCCUCACCCUGUUUAG